GGCUUUUAUAAUGAAAAAGGAAAUUAUUUCUGCUUUUAAGGAUGGCGGUUCCAGAAAUGGAGGUGGAGGUGGAGGUGGAGCCGAAUCUCAGAGGUCCUGAAAUAGUCACCAUGGGGGAGAACGACCCGCCGGCAGCGGAAGACCCCUUCUCCUUCAGAUCGCUUUUCGGCCUCGAUGAUUUGAAAAUCAGUCCUGUUGUGCCAGAUGCAGACGCGGUUGCUGCGCAGAUCCUGUCACUGCUGCCAUUGAAGUUCUUUCCAAUCAUCGUCAUUGGGAUAAUUGCCUUGAUAUUAGCACUGGCCAUCGGUCUGGGCAUCCACUUCGACUGCUCUGGGAAGUACAGGUGCCGGUCGUCUUUCAAGUGUAUUGAACUGACAGCUCGCUGCGACGGGGUCUCAGACUGCAAAGAUGCGGAGGAUGAGUACCGAUGUGUCCGCGUGAGCGGUCAGAACGCCGUGCUCCAGGUGUUCACAGCUGCUGCCUGGAGGACCGUGUGCUCUGACGACUGGAAAGCUCACCACGCUAAUGUCGCCUGUGCCCAGCUGGGCUUUCCAAGCUACGUGAGUUCAGACGCCCUCCGAGUGGACUCGCUUGAGGAGCAGUUCCGAGAGGACUUUGCUUCCAUCAAUCACCUCUUGCCGGAUGACAAAGUGACGGCUUUGCACCACUCGGUGUACGUGAGGGAGGGGUGUGCCUCGGGUCACGUGGUUACCCUGAAGUGCACAGCCUGCGGUCUGAGAAUGGGCUACAGCUCACGCAUCGUGGGUGGAAACAUGUCCUCGCUCGCACAGUGGCCCUGGCAGGCCAGCCUUCAGUUCCAGGGCUACCACUUGUGCGGGGGCUCUGUCAUCACCCCCGUGUGGAUUGUCACCGCUGCCCACUGUGUUUAUGACCUGUAUCUCCCCAAGUCCUGGACCAUCCAGGUGGGCCUGGUUUCCCUGCUGGACAGUCCAGCCCCCUCCCAUCUGGUGGAAAAAAUCAUCUACCACAGCAAGUACAAGCCAAAGAGGUUAGGCAAUGACAUCGCCCUCAUGAAGCUGGCCGGGCCACUUGCCUUCAAUGAGAUGAUCCAACCAGUUUGUCUGCCCAACUCCGAAGAGAGCUUUCCUGAUGGAAAAAUGUGCUGGACGUCAGGAUGGGGGGCCACAGAGGAUGGAGGUGAUGCCUCCCCGGUCCUCAACCACGCAGCUGUGCCUUUAAUCUCCAACAAGGUCUGCAACCACAGGGACGUGUACGGGGGCAUCAUCUCCCCCUCCAUGCUCUGUGCCGGCUACCUGCGAGGCGGUGUGGACAGCUGCCAGGGGGACAGCGGGGGACCCCUGGUGUGUCAAGAGAGGAGGGUGUGGAAGUUGGUGGGAGCGACGAGCUUUGGCAUCGGCUGUGCUGACGUGAACAAGCCUGGGGUCUACACUCGCAUCACCUCCUUCCUGGACUGGAUUCACGAGCAGAUGGAGAGGGAUCUGAAAACUUGAAGAGAAACGGGACAAGCCACAACUUAGAGCUCCUGCCACAGUGGAGACCUUCCUGUCCUUCCAUAGAUUCCUGUGUGGAAACUUCCAACAGCAGAGCCAAAAGAAGGAGCAUCUCUCCAUUCCUCUUCAUCUGGAACAACUUUCUUCUAACACCUCUAACAAGUCACAGGGGCACGGACCAGAAUGACCUUGAAGCUCCUUUCUGACCUUCACGAAGAACAGAAGCAGGAAACCCCUCCAAAGUGCUACCUUAUCCCACUUGUUCACCUGCUGCUCCCUACGAGGUUCAACAUCCCCAACCAGAUGGCACAUCGUGGGCAAAACAGUCGACAGCCGCUGCCUGGAGCAAACGGCAGGGAUGCGGUCAUGGCUGAUGGAGCCGUCUGCGCUUUCCUUACCUGGGCACCAGAACCGAACCCAAAUUUUCUAUUCUAAGAUCUCCUUUCACAUGUGGGAACCCAAUAUACAAAUGAUUCGCUUUAAGGUUUAUUUCUAUUAUGUCUUUGUAGCAUUUGGUGUUUCAUAUAUUAUUGACCCUCGCUUCCAAAGGCCAUAAGCUCUCUUAACGCGUUCGUCCGUCAGAGCUCGUCUGAAGGAGCCUGACUUCUCGUGUAAAUUGAAAUCCUGAGCUUGAUUCGACAGGCAUGAUUACUUUGAUCUCGUCUGUGUGUUGUGGGUUUUGCAUUUUUCUGUUAGAACAGCCUUCUCAGAAGAUCGGAAUUAUCUUGAAUUACAUCACAAGACUCAGAGCAGAGUGAGAGAAGAAAGCCCUGGGGUUGGACAGGACCACCUAAACCCCACUCAGUGGGUACUGAAGG